GCCCCCUGUCGGCAGAGAGGCCUAGUAGCAUCAAUUUGAUGACGUGGUUCGGUCGGUCGAGCAGCAGCAGCAGAGAGCAGCAGGAUGGCCGACCAGAGUAGACAAAUUAAACUCGCUGCAGCUAAGAAAAAGCUGAAGGAAUUCCAGCAGAAGAGCUCCCCUGCUUCCAUCGGAGGAGAGAGGGGGGUAGGAGGAAGUGGGGCAGGAUUCAAGAAGAAAAGGAGGGUGAAGGAACCAAACCAAGUUGAUGCUUCCUCAACAGACAGAGAUUCUCCAGAAAAUUUUGACAGUUUUCUGAAAGCACUUAGUCAGAGCAAUGGAGUAGUCCUCCCACCUAAUGGCACCUGUCAGAUCUUUGCUGACAUGGAGGCUGUGGGCUCUUCUGUUGCCCAGCUGCAGGAGGAGCCAAACAGCGAGCCUGUUAACCCCGCAAAUGCUAACACUGCUACUAACUCUGAGUUUGUCAGUCACAACACUGAGCUGCAGGCCUUCUCUGACACCAAUGGAAAUGAGAGUUUAAAGGAGGAAAAUAGCAGACCGCUGUCUUCCACUGAGAGCCUGAGACAACUCUCCCAGCAGCUGAACGGUCUGGUCUCCGAGUCAACUGCUGCAUACGUGAAUGGAGAGAGUGCACCUUCAGUCAGUGAGAAAGAACUAGAGAGUCGGAACCAGGAGCUGACAGCCGCCCUGGAAUCUUGCAAGCUAACAAAUUUUCAGCUCAAUACCAACCUAGAGCAGCUGGUGCAGCAAUCCCAGGGACUCACAGAUCAGCUACAGAAGGAGCGAAAAGAAUUUGAACAGAAAUUUACGAAAGAGCAAGGAGCCAUGCGGGAGCAAUUGCAGGUUCAUAUUCAGACCAUCGGUAUACUGGUAUCGGAGAAAUCUGAGCUGCAAACAGCACUACAAUACACACAGCAGGCCGCUCGGCAGAAAACAGGUGAAGUAGAGGAGCUUAAUAACCGUCUGCAGGCAACAAAGCAGAGAGUUUCCGAGCUGGAGAGAACUCUGUCUACCGUCUCAACACAGCAGAAACAGUUUGAGAAGCAAAACAAAGAACUUGAAAAGGAAAGAGACAGUUUGAGGCUUGAGAUGUUUAGACUCAACAAUGUGGGCGAAGAGGCAAAGCAGCAGAACUCUGAGCUGUCUGAGCAGGUAAAGCGGAGUACACAAGAAAAUGCUGCGAUGAGGCUGGAGGUAGAGGAUCUGCGCAAGAGGUUAGAGAUCACUGACCUCAUGUUACAACAGUGCUCCAGCCAGUCAGAUCCCACCAGUGCCAGCCAACAGGUCCAGUUACUGCUGGAAGAAAAGCAACAUCUAGAGGCACAAAACCACCAGCUAAUGGAGUCCGUUGCCCAGCUGAAGACAGAAAGAGACGGGUAUGUAGAACGGAUCCAGGAGGAGGGACGAGUGUGGAAGGACAAAACAGAACAGCUGCUAAUGCAGGUAUCUUUGGUGGCGGAGGAGCGGGACAGAAACAUAAACCGGGUUAUGGAACUGGAGGCCUCCAUCGCUGAGCUUCAGAAUGCUGCAGCGUUAUUAUCUGUGGAGAAAGAAGUUGUAGGUGCUGCAGAGCCUUCGUCCUCAGAACCAUCAGAGAGAGAGGUGGCUCUUCAGGAAGCUCUCGCUAGUUUACAACAGGAGAAAGAUUCUUUAACGGCACAGUACCAGGCUCAGCUUCGAGACAACGAGCAGCUAAGUCGUCUGUGUGCUGAGCAGGAGGCUCGUCUGGGGGAGAUGGAGCAUCAAGUGGAGAGCCAAGCCCAGGAGGCAGAAGACCGCCGCCGCAUGUUGGAGGAUGUUCAGUCAGACAAGGCCACCAUAAGCCGGGCUCUCACCCAGAAUCGUACGCUGAAGGACCAGCUGGCGGAGUUGCAGAACGGCUUUGUCAAACUGACCAACGAGAACAUGGAGCUGACCACUGCCAUCCAGUCAGAGCAGCACGUUAAAAAGGAGCUGGCACGCCGGAUGGGUGAACUUCAGGAGGAACUGCACAACAUCAAAGAGCAGCUGGAGCUGAAGGGUCAGGAGACUCAAGGUCUCCUAGAACAGCGAGAUCAGCUGGUGGCCCAUCUGCAGCAGUACAGCGCUUACUACCAGGCUCUGGCCUCAGAGAGAGAACGGAUCCACCAACAGUAUCUGCAGCAGAGCCAGCUCAUGGAUCGGCUGCAGCACGACGAAAGUCACAGCCGUGCACAGCUGGACAUCAGCCAGAAUCAGCUCAAACAAGCACAGGAGCAUUUGGAACAGUUGGUCAGAGACAACCAGCAGCUGAAGACGGAGGUGAAGGAGCUGCUUAACAGCUCGGCCCUUGAGACGUUCAGAGACCAAGGAGAUGGAGUGGAAAAUCAAUCGGAGCAGGAGAGCCCUAAACAGUCCUCAUCCAUUGUCAUUCCAGAAGACUUUGAGAGCCAGCAAGAGAUGGAGGACUUUAUUCGUGGUGCUCUGGCACAGCUAGAAGCUGAACGAGAUGAGGUCAAGCAGUUACUGAAGGAAGAGCGCAGGCUCCACUUGGCGGCCCGGCAACAAGCCGCUGUGGCACUCCGGCUUGAGCAGCAACAUCUAAACUACAGACCUGUUCAUGAAAAUGGUCAGGACCAGAAUCAGGACCAGCACACCCAUUGUGAACACAGCCAUGAACUCCCAGAUGGAGGCGUCCCAGUGGAGGUACAUCAGGCUCUACAAGCUGCAAUGGAGAAGCUUCAGCAGCGUUUCACCUCCCUGAUGCAGGAGAAAGCUGAUCUGAAGGAGCGGGUUGAAGAACUAGAGCACCGCUGCAUUCAGCUGUCUGGAGAGACCGACACUAUAGGGGAAUACAUCGCCCUGUACCAGAGUCAGCGAGCCAUCAUGAAGCAGAAGCACCAAGAGAAGGAGCAGUACAUCAGCAUGCUGGCCCAGGACAAGGAAGAGAUGAAGGUCAAACUAGCAGAGCUGCAGGAUCUGGUCAUGAGGCUGGUGGCUGAGAGGAACGACUGGUACAACCGCUACGCUGGAGCUGUAGCCAACAUGGGGGCGGUCAACCCAGACCUGCUUCCUGUUGGACAGGACCACUCUCUUUCAGAGCACCAAACAGGAUCUGAGGUUCACGCCGUCAGUGGAGACGAAGCCAUGGAGGUCAUCCCGCUGUCUGAGCCUCCCAAUGGUCUUGAAGCUUCAUCAUCCCAGACGCUAUCACGUGGACUUGUUCAGACUGAAUCCAAACCACUGGGGCCAAAGGAGGAUGGCACAGCCUGGCAAAUCAUGCAGCUCCUCCAGGAGAUCCAGAACCCACAGGGGGCUCAGAGGUCACCCCACUUCCUAGGAGAGAACCCUUGCAUCCCGUUCUUUUAUCGGCCUGACGAGCAGGAUGAAGUCAAGGUCCUGGUGGUGUGAGCUGUGGACAUGUCCUGAGAUGUUAACCCCUACAGUUUACCACAUUUGUAGCCUCUUGAUCAGAUUUACAAAUGCUCCUUACAGAGUUUGACUCCUUAAAACUGGUCAGAUUUAGGAAAAAUGUGUCCAAGUUACGUUGAGUCGCCCCUUUUUGUUAUCAUCCCUUUUGUUUUUUUAAAUUAUUUUUUAUGUGAGUUAAUCAUUCUUCUUAAAUGCAAAUGGAUUAAUCUCGAAUUUUGAAUUCGUGUCACCUACUUGUCACCCAUCUCACACAAAUGUGCAAUAAAACAGGGCGUCAGUUGGUCCCCUCGCUGGUACAGUCCCUAAAGAACUGUAAAGAACUUUAAAUUAGUGACUUUUUUUACACGCAAAUGUUUCUUUCCUCACUGCACACAUGCCAAAGAGCAGCACCACAACUGAAUGUAUUAACCCUGAUAUUUACGCGUGUGUGUGUGUGUGUGUGUGUGUGAGAGAGGGAGAGAAAUGUGAAGAGGACGGUGCAGAGAUGGGACGUCAGUACGGCUGGCCUAACUAAUGAACGCAGACUGGUGAAGCUAGGUCAGAGCUGGAUGAAGUUACUCAGUCAAGUUCAGGCAGAGACGAGGGCGCCGGUGGUUCAAAAACCACCAUGUUCAUUUUUUAUUUUUGUUUUGUGUCCAACACUGAAAAUAACUGGCCUUUCUACAUCUACCGUUCAUAGCUGUGAAGUGUUUUUGUUUCGUGGUGUUUUAAACAUCUGCUUGAGACUGAGAACAGCCACCACCAUUACAAACUGGUGGUUGAUCAGAUUAAAUAAGGGCAUAGAUGCAAUUUAAAGACCCCAUCAAGUUUAAAAAAAAUUAAUUAAAGUUGGUGGUAUUUUGGACUUUACCUUCCAGGUUUGGGCUGCAGGCUUUUAUUUUAUUUUUUCAGUUUUAGCAUAAAUAUGAAUAAACGCAUCGUGUGCUCCAUCAGCACAAACCGGUCUCAUUCCCGUCAACCAUCUCAGAGAGAACCACUUGUUUCAUGGGGUCUAGCUUUGUAAAAAUACACUAUUAUAAUUUUUGUUACUGCUGGUUCUUCAUAUCAAAAGAUGAUUUAAUGCACACCUUAAACAACUGUAUAUGUGUCUGUGGGUGUGGGUUUAUUUAGCCAAAAUUGCAUCUUUUGUACUUUUUUGUUUAUUUUUUGCUAGAUUUCUAUCAGAUUAUUUACGUACGAUUGCACUAAACCUGUACAAAGCUUCUCAUUCAGCUCCGUUUGAGCUGUGAAGUUUCUGCUUUUAGAGAACGAGAAUCUUAUGAAGCUUCACGUUGAGGAUUCUGCUGAGUUGACCUGAAACUUUAGUGUGUGUGUGUGUGUGUGUGUGUGUGUGUGUGUGUGUGUGUGUGUGUGUGUGUGUGUGUGUGUGUGUGUGUGUGUGUGUGUGUGUGUGUGUGUGUGUGUGUGUGUUGCACUCUGAGGAUGGGUUUGGUGUAUAAAUGCAUAUAGGAGCUAAUCCAAUGGCUAGCUUCUCCAUAGGUGAGGGACCAAUCUGUUUUUGGGAGAAUGUUAACUUGCAUUUAAAUUGUUCACGAUUAUUUUAGUUAAAAACGUCUAAUAUAAACUAUUUAGGGCAUUAAAGAAACCUGAAGGAUUAUAAUCGAAGCCGUGCAUCAUUUUAAACAAAAAUUAGACCAUUUUGAUUCAGAUUAGAUCCUUUCACAACUAUUAAAUUUUUAUUUUUUGCUUCUCUUGAAUGUCUCUGAAUUUUGAGAUGCUGUGAAAUUGCACACUUAUUUAUCAUUGGAGCAAAGUUUUGAACAUUUGGUACUUGAGUCGUAGCAAAAGGAAAAACUUUUUAGGGAAAGUAAAGAAAGUCAACCCUAAAUCCCAACAAACUCCAUUGUGCUCAAAUGUAAAAUCCCCUUUUUUUGUUCUAUCAUUUUAUUUUUCAUUCCUUUUCUCUUUGGGGGGCUGGGGUGUAAACAUUAAAACAUGCUUUCCUUUGUGCUGUGUGGAAUAAAAAUGUGGAUGAAAGGAUUUCAGAUGCUUUCUGACUUACUGCUAAUAUAUGUAAUUAAAACAGAAGAAGCAUCUACCAUCUUUACUGUAAAGGCGGUGUUGUACAUACUGUAACUGUGUAACAUAUUGUAUAUUUGUUACGCCUGAUGCGUGUUUGGUUUUUGGGGGGUGGAGCUACAGUUGCCACAUUUCCUGGCAGUCAGGACUAUAUCUUAAGUCCAGAUUUAGAAUGUUGGUGGCCGUGAUUUAAUACAAAGGUUGGCAAAAGAAGAAGAAAAUAUUUAUUUGGAAUAAGUUAGUAUCUCAUCUGAUCAGUUUUAAUAGAAACUUGAAGCAAGUGUUGGCUGGUGGAGAAUGAAGGAGUGAUCUGAUUUGUUUGAGUGCUGCUCAUUGAUUUUUUUUUUUUUGAGUAUUAUUUCCUGCCCUUCUGAAAUAAACUGAUUUAGCAACAUA